AUGCCCGGCUGGACGGGCGGCGCGGGCGAAUCACGAGGCGGCCGACAGGGCCGCCCUUGUCGAGGCCUCGGCGAGGCGAGGGUCGCUGCGAGGGCCGCCUCGGCGCCGCCACGCCGCAGAAGCCGCAUGGGCCGACAGGAAAUGACGACGACGACGACGACGAGGGGCAAUGGCAACAAAGGGGGGCGGAGAAGGGCAGCAGAUGCGCGGCAGUUGCAGCCACAGGUCGGUGCUACAAUGGUCCUUUUGUUGCCGUCUUGGUCGCAUCCACGUCCUGCCGUGCAGGCAAAAUGA